AUGGCCCCGAACGGCAAGGCCUAUGUUGCAAAGCCAGAUGCACCGGAGCCCCUUUUCCAUUAUCCCCAGGCUCGUUUCGCGCCAGAAACGCCGCAUCGUAUGCUGUACAUUUCCGGCAUCGCUUGCGACAGGCCUGAUGGUACAUGGCCUGGUGUCAGGGAGAAUAAGGAUGGAACUCUCACCCUCGAUAUCCGCAAUCAGACAGCUGCCGCACUAGACAACAUCGACACCAUCAUCAAGUCUGCAACAGGGGGCAAGGGGAGCAUCAAGAACCUCAUCGAAGCUACCGUGUACAUCUUGGAUAGAGAGUCGGACUAUGUGGGCAUGAACGAGGAAUGGAAUAAAGUCUUCCCUACACGAGCCGACGGUCCAGCUAGAGCAACGAUUGCGGUAAAGCAGUUGCCAGAUCCUCGUAUGAUCGUGGAAAUUAAGGCCAGUGCAGUAAUUGAGCUGUGA